AUGGGUAUUCUGGAGUUUGCUCGAGGUUCUGAAAAGACCACGACCGAGGCUAAUGUUUCAGAAAACAAGCCGGAGAGAAAGAGUUCAGAGGCACGCGAUUCAGGAGAUAUCGACCCGCAGCCAGACCAUGUUACAGAAAACGCCCAUUUGGGUUUGCGAAAGGCCGAGGCUGUCGCGUUAGUAUGGAGUAAAAAGGUUGUGUGGUGUACGUACGCCUGGAUUUGGGUAUGUUUCUUCUUACUGGCGCUUCAGUCAGCUAUCAGCAUCAUUGCCCAGCAAACAGCCUACUCUGGGUUUAUGGCCGCACCAGCCAUCAGUACGGCGAGUAUCCUGGCCAGUAUCAUUGGUGGUGUGCUCAAGCUACCCGUUGGUAAAAUUCUGAAUAUUUGGGGUCGAGCUGAAGGGCUGUGCGCCUCUUUGGUUAUCUAUCUCCUAGGUCUCAUUAUAUUGGCAUCAUGCAACGGUCCCUCGUCAUACGCGGCAGGCUAUGUAUUAUAUUGGGUUGGCUACGAUGCCAUUUACCUUAUUCUGCAGGUUUUCAUCGCCGAUACAUCUGGCCUGCGAAACAGAGCCUUCGCCUUCGCCUUUGCCAGUACUCCAUUCAUUUGUACAGCCUUUACUGGCUCAUUGGCUGGGGAAAACUUCGUGAACAAGACCGGUGGGUGGCGCUGGGCCUAUGGUGCCUUCUGCAUUAUCAUGCCAGCUGUCUUCUUGCCUCUCGCUGCGGUGUUCAAGUUUCACGAGCGGAAGGGACAGAGAUUGGGUCUUUACAAACAUGUGCAUAGUGGUCGUACUAUCGUGCAGUCCAUCGUGCAUUAUUUUCAUGAUUUUGAUGUCAUUGGUGCCCUAUUACUGAUGGCUGGUUGGAUUCUCAUUCUUCUGCCCUUCAGCUUGGCAUCCUACGGAAGAGCCGAGUACAAGAGUGCCACUUUCAUUGCGAUGUUUAUCAUUGGUUUCUUCACGCUCUUCCUAUUCGCUGCCUGGGAGAAGUUCGUUGCUCGCGUGCACUUUGUUGAUUAUAAGCUGAUCAAGAAGCGCACGGUGUUGGGUGCUUGUGUUCUCACCAUUGUCACCAAUUUCAGCUUCUACUGCUGGGAUUUAUAUUUCCUCAACUUCUGCACUGUUGUGUUUGACCUUAGCCAAGGUAUGGCUGGCUAUAUGACGCAGAUCUACAAUGUCGGCUCAUGCUUCUGGGGUGUUGUGAUCGGGCUCUGGAUGCGCUUCACCAAGGAAUUCAAAUACACUUGCCUGUGUUUCGCAGCCCCCCUUUUGAUCCUGGGAGCCGGUCUAAUGAUCAAGUUCCGUGGUGAGGGUGGUGAUGACAUCGGCUAUGUUAUCAUGUGUCAGAUCUUCAUUGCUUUCGGGGGUGGUACAUUGGUUAUCGGCCAGGAGAUGGCUGUCAUGGCUGCAUCUGACCGUGAAGGAGUCCCAAUGAUGCUGGCACUCAUUGGUCUCUGCCAAAGCCUGGGCCUUGCCAUUGGAGGCACUGUCCAGUCGGCCAUCUACAACAACCUUUUUGUUGAUGCACUGCGAUCGAAACUGCCGGGUGACAUGAAGUCUCAAGCCAUGGAGAUCUCUAAUGCUGGUUAUUCGGUUCAAAAAGAAUACCCUUUGGGCUCCGACCAACGUAACGCCGUCAAUUACGCCUGGGGAUACAGCCAGAAGUACGGCUGCAUUGCUGCCACAGCGAUUCUGGUGCUCGCUCUUCCGAGCAUUGCCAUAUGGAAAAACUACCGCUUAGACAAGAAGCAGAACAAGGGCACAGUGCUCUAAAUCUUUCUUGGUUAUGUGACACAAAGAUAUAUUGUGGGUAAUGUAUAUGUCCAGGUUCAACACUAUGUGGGCAAGGAACGUGAUCGGG